AUGGGAGUGACGUUCGCGGACUUAGGUGUGUCGUUCGGCGUCAACUUGGGAGUUUCGCUGGUCGUCUUAUUUCUCUACUCUGUCUGCUCGCAACAACCGCUGAAUGCCCGCGUUUACUACACAAAAUGGUUCUGUAUAAAUGACAAGGAAGCGACGGAGAAGCACGAGCAGGCGGAGGUAGAGGGCAACAUCGUCAAGAGCCGGCGAUGGAUCGAGUGCUCCUUGAAAAACUACGCCGACACGUUCGACUGGGUCAAGGUGGCCCUCGCCAUGCCCGAGAGGGAGCUCAUCAAACACGCCGGUCUCGAUAGCGUCGUCUUCCUCCACACACUAAAACUCGGGUUCAAGAUCUUCGUGCCAAUCUUGCUGCUGGCGGCCGCAGUGUUGUUCCCCAUCAAUUUCACGGGAGGGUCGCUGGAGGCGCAGGCGGCGUACGCGCAGGAGCAGGUGGACCAGGGAAACACGAAAGCGAAGCUUUUUGAUUACUCUGAGAUCGACAAGCUCUCCAUCGCCAACGUGCCCGAUGGCUCGCCCAGCCUGUGGGCGCAUGUGGUGUUGGCGUGGGUGUUCAACCUGUGGGCGCUGUACAUGCUGCGAGAGUCCUUCAAGCACGUUGCCCGCAUGCGCCUUGACUUCCUCGCGGACCAGCAGAGAGCGCCCAACCAGUACACUGUGCUGGUGCGGCAGGUGCCAGCAGACCCCAUCAAGUCCAUCCCAGAGACCGUGGACCACUUCUUCUCAGUCAACCACUCCGAUCACUACCUGCUCACUCAGCCGGUGUACAACGCCAACAAGCUGUCGAGUCUGGAGACGAAGAGGGACUGGCUGGAGAACAAGCUGACAGAGAUGGAGAUCAAACUGGAAAAGACGGGCGAGCGCCCCAUGCACAAGGACGGGUUUCUGGGGAUGAUGGGCACGAAGGUCGAUUCAAUUGAGUUCUACACACAGAAGAUUAUCGAGAUUAAGAAGGAGGUGUGUGGGCAGUUGGUAGAGAAAAUAAAGGGGAUCCUGCAAGAGCGUGAGAAGGUGGUCAAUGACAGCUCCUCCGUCAUGCCGGCCGCGUUCGUCUCGUUCCGCACGCGGUGGGGCGCAGCAGUGGCAGCCCAGACACUCCAAUCAAAAGACAGCUCGCAGUGGAUCACGCACUGGGCGCCGGAGCAGCGCGACGUCAAGUGGGAGAACCUGCCGAUGCCGUAUGUCAGCCUCAUGCUGCGGCGGAUCGUUGUCGGCGGGAUUGUGAUCGCCAUCAUUCUGGGGUACACCUUCCCCGUCAGCUUCGUGCAGUCGCUCGCCAACAUUGACCAGCUCGCGAAAGUGGCGCCGUUUCUGGAGCCAAUUCUCAAUGUUCCCUUCAUUAACGCGUUCGUGAAGAGUGUUCUCUCCGGUAUCGCGCUCAAGAUCUUCCUCGCGAUCCUGCCAAUGCUACUAACGUUCCUGUCAACGGCGGAGGGGUACACGGCUAAGUCGGGCAUAGACCUGGCGGCCACGGGCAAGUACUUCUACUUCAUCAUCGGCACCGUCUUCUUUGCCAACGUGCUCGGCGGUGUGCUCCUCGACCAGGCCAAAACCCUCUCCCAAAACCCCUCCGCUGUGCCGAAGAUCCUGGGCGACCGCAUCCCCACCAAGGCCACGUUCUUCAUGACGUACACCAUGCUGGAUGGGUGGACCGGCAUGGCCAUGGAGGUGCUGCAGCUGGUGCCGCUCAUCAUGUUCCACAUCAAGCCCAUGGAGGUGCUGCAGCUCGUGCCGCGCAUCAUGUUCCACAUCAAGAACAACCUGCUGGUGCGAACGCCAGCGGACCGCAUCAAGGUCAUGAACCCCUCACCGCUCACGCUCAUCGAAACGCUCUACCAGGUGGAGCUCUACUUCCUGCUGCCCUUUGUCUACUGUGUCUCCAACCCGCUCUACCUCAUCUUUGCCAUCGUCUUCUUCGUCCUUGCCUUCGUCGCCUACCGCAACCAGAUGAUCAACGUGUACAACGCGGAGUAUGAGACGGCGGGAGCCUACUGGCCGCACUUCCACGCGCGCCUCAUCGCCUCCAUGAUCAUCCAGCACCUCACUCUCAUCGGCAUCUUUGCUCUCAAAGAGGCCCAACUGCAGGUGACGCCAGCUCAACCGCCUCCUCCUCCCCCUGCUGCUGCUGCUGCUGCUGCUGCUGCUGCUGCUGCUGCUGCUGCUGCUGCUGCUGCUGCUGCUGCUGCUGCUGCUGCUGCUGCUGCUGCUGCUGCUGCUGCUGCUGCUGCUGCUGCUGCUGCUGCUGCUGCUGCUGCUGCUGCUGCUGCUGCUGCUGCUGCUGCUGCUGCUGCUGCUGCUCAUGAGGCGAACCGCAAGGACACGAUCGACCGCACGAUCAGCCCCGACCUGGACCCGUCGUCGUUCCUGGCGCGCGCGUACCUGCACCCGUCCCUGCAGUCCGCCUUCCAACUCCUGGACGAGGAACAGGACGGGCAGAACGGGGCCGAUGGGGGCGUGGGAGACGCGGGAGAGGGGGGAGAUGGAGCAGGCAAGGGGGGUGAGAAGGACGGGAAGCGGAGGAAAAGUGGGGAUAUGGGGUCAGAUGCAGAGAAGGAGACGAAGGGGGGUGCGGCAACCCCGGAGAGUGCAUGGCAGAGUAACGAGGAGAGGAGGAGGGGCAAGGAGUUGGAGAAGGGUGGGGAGAGGAGGAGUAAGGAGUUGGAGAAGGGGAGGGAGAAGGAACCACAGGUGAAGCUGGUGGCUGUGAAGAGGCAUCCCCGCAGCACGCAGGCGUCGCCAGCACCGGAGGCGAUGGUAACCGGGUUACGAGCGUCGAGCCCUCUACCAGCAGGCACAGCUGAGAGAGCAGCAAGAGGGAUGUCUCCUGUGAGAAGCUCUGCUGCUGCGGAGGCGUUCAGGAGAGCAGACAGUACAGACGAGCUGGCGUUUGAAGAUGCGCCUGAUUUUUCACCUUUGCAUUCACCUGAGGCUGAUUUGCAGUUGUCGAGUGGGGCAGGAGUGCAGGCGGGGCCAGCGAGGGCGCCAUCUCCUGCGACAGCUGGCACGCUGCCGCUGCUGCAAGGGAGAAGCAGAGCUGAAGAUGAUGGGGCAGGUGGGGGGAGGUCCUCCUUUAAUCUAUGA